GCCUUGUGCAUUCCUGCAAAUGUUGGAUGCCCGCAGCGUACCACCACUGAGCUGAACACGUUCCUGUCACGUCAGGUGCAUCGGCGGCGUAAACGGCGUCAUUCACCAACAGAGCUUUCGACAACCAUUAAGAAAAAAUUUCUUGCUCAUACGGAUUUCAAGUAA